UGUGUUCUUAGUUAUUAUGGAGUAUUAUAACUGACUUACCAGCUCGAAUAGCCUAACGGUCUCAGCCAUGUCGAACAGAAGAAGAGAGAAUACUGAUCAGAAGAAAGACGAUGGCAGUCGGAUUGUUGUUAAUGUUAAACCCGUAGAUGAUCCAAUUCGGAAUCCGUUAAGCUCUGAACCAGAGAGCUCUGGAUCAUCUUCUCGGGCUACUUCUCAGCUAAACCAUCCGGAAGUUGUGCCAAAGGAUCAACCUAGCCAGAAGAAUCGCCGGAAUUCCAGGAACCGGCGUAGCCGGGGGAUCAAACACCAGUUUGAGCAGAAAGUUCCGGCGGCGGCGGCGUGUUUGACUAAAUGCGGAGGCGAAGAAGAUCCUCCUGGAGUUGAGGGUGGAGUUCCGGCGCCGGCGGCGUGUUUGACUAAAUGCGGAGGCGAAGAAGAUCAUCCUGGAGUUGAGGGUGGAGGUGGGAUUGAAGUAGGAGUUCCGAGUGAUUGCGGGGAAGGGACGUCGGGAACGAAGGAAAAGGAAGGGAAUGGCGGCGUUGGGGUGGGAGUUGAGGGGUUUGAUGAUGUAGGGAGAAGACUGGAAGAGUUGCGAUUGGGCGUUGAAGAGGCUGAGUUGUCUGAAGAGCAGCUUAGGGUUAAUGAUCAAGCCCAAGAGGACGAGUUACUAGUUCUGGAAUCCAUUUAUGGUGACGACAUUUUCGUUCUAGACAGACAGAAUGACUUACGAACUUUACAGAUCCAUAUACACAUAGAAGUUCCUAAGGAGCUUACAGUCUCUGUGAAUCUAAAAACAUCUGCACUUGAGACCCAGAAUGAUGAUUCACCUGAGUUUCUGUACUCCUUCAAAGUUGAGCAUCUGCCACCAAUCAUACUGACAUGUUUAUUACCUAAAUCAUAUCCUAGUCAUCUCCCUCCUCAAUUCACCAUCUCUGUACAAUGGUUGAAGUCUGCAAAAAUUUCCCAUCUCUGUCACAUGCUCGAUUCAAUUUGGAAUGAACAAUCAGGGCAGGAGGUAAUAUACCAGUGGGUAGAACGGUUGCAAAGCUCUUCUCUAUCACAUCUUCAAUUUGAUGAAGAAAUAAAGCUGAGCCCUUUUAAUGAGAGGGAUAUUGGAGAUAGGCGGGCAAUUUCAGGAAGUGUCUCUCCUGAUAUUGAUAUUUCAUCGCUGAAAAGAUAUAAUGACGAACAGUGCCAUGAGAACUUUCGUAAAAACUUCCAUGAGUGCUGCAUCUGUGCUGAUGAAUUUCCUGGGACUGAUUUUGCUAGACUGCCGUGCCAGCACUUCUUCUGCUUGAACUGCAUGAGAACGUUUUCAAACAUGCAUGUAAAAGAAGGUACCGUAACUAAGCUUCAGUGUCCUAGUCCAAAAUGUGGAAGCAUGAUACCACCAGGUUUGCUGAAACGAUUACUUGGUGAAGAGGAGUUUGAACACUGGGAAAGCUUGAUGUUGCAGAAAACAUUGGAAUCAAUGUCCGAUGUAUGCUAUUGCCCUAGAUGUGAAACAAUAUGCAUAGAGGAUGAAGACAAUCACGCACUAUGCUCAAAAUGCUACUUCAGCUUCUGUACACUUUGUAGGGACAAGCGCCAUGUUGGAGUUGAGUGUAUGACACCAGAAAUGAAACUUUGUAUUUUGCAGGAGCGACAAAAUUCAUCUCAUCUCAAAGGCGACCAAAGACACCGUGAGAAGGAAUUGAUCAAUGAACUUCUUAGUGUAAAGGAAAUCAACCGUUGUGCAAAGCAAUGCCCUUCUUGUAAGAUGGCCAUCUCCCGGACUGAAGGCUGCAACAAAAUGGUAUGCAACAAUUGCGGGCAGUAUUUCUGCUAUCGUUGUAAUAAAGCUAUUGAUGGAUAUGACCACUUCAGGGAUGGGAUGUGCGAACUUUUCCCAAAAGAGGAAAUUCAGAGGUGGGAGGAGCGCAUUAAUCCUCGUCAAGUGGUUGGCCAAAUGCAAGCUGAACUCUUUGCUGACCACGUCCAUUCUUGUCCCAAUUGUGGUCAAUUAAAUGCAAAGGUUGGGAAUAACAAUCACAUAUUCUGCUGGGCAUGCCAAAACCAUUACUGUUACCUGUGCAAAAAGAUGGUGAGGCGAAGCUCCCAACAUUUUGGUCCCAAAGGCUGCAAACAACACACUGUUGGAUAGCUUUCAAUGCUAUUUUUUGCUCUCAUUUUUUUGAAGACUGACUGGUGAAGAACCUCUUGCCUUUACAUGUUUCAUAGCAGAUUCUUGAUUGCAGGAUCUGAUCAAAUUCAAGUUUCUAUACCAACUGUUCCGGCGGAUGUUGUAAAAUGAUGAUGAGUGUUGUAGCUGUUACAACCUUCUUUUUUUUUUUUUGGUUUAUGAAAUUGGUUUUAUAGCCUAUUUUUGUUUGCUUAGAAUGAUCCUUUGGGCAAUAAUGGAUGUAUUUCUUUAUUUUUGUGUCA